AUGGCUGGUCAGGGCAAUCCAGAACUAUAUCGAGUUCUUGCAACUUUGAAUAGCUAUGUUCCACAUUCAAAUACUCCACCCAACGGACAGAGCGCUGGCGCCGUCACUGGAGAUUUCUAUGGCACUACCAAUCAACCAUCUCAGCCCCCUAUGGGUUCCAAUGUGAGCAGUGUUAAUCUGGGCUCCUCAAUACCAGGAUUGGGCUUCUUCGCCGAACCGGUGAACCAGGUCAAGCCCAUCACGCCGCCUCCCGUACUACUCCACCAGACUCAGGCCUCAUUGCAGGAAUCGCAGCGUUCGACGGCUACUCCACCAGACUCACGUCGCCUUACCAUCACGCCAGCAGUUCCGGACGCAUCUACCAUCAUCACCUGGCCGGCAGCUCUAAAACAUGUCACUAAGUACUUGGUUCCGGACGAAAAGGCAGCCACGCGGAUCAAGCACCUCAUUGCUGAGCAGCACAAGCAUGAACGCCAAUGGUGGGCGGGCAGGGAGGCUGUUGUUGCCAGGCAGGAAGGACGAACGGGCACUUCGCAACAAGUUGCCGCUCUCUUGCAAUCAAUUGGUGGUAAAGCAAUGCCGGCUGCCCCAAGCGACCCAAAAUUGAAUGCAGCGGAGCUGGCUAUGUAUGACAAAAAGGUGUUUGCUGGGUUGUCUGCUUUGGCGGCAGACUUUGACAGGCAGUUGAAGAACCUGGGUAUUCCUUUCUAUUCAAUCCGUCAUGAGCUGGUAGUAUUGGAACAAGGGCCUCAGAAGGCCGGGUCUUCGAAAGGAAGGAUCGACAAAGGUGAAUUGAGAGAGUUGCAAAAGAGGAUGCUGCAGACCCUGGAGGACCUGUUUGCGGACUAA